GCGGAAGUGGUUCCGCGGCUGCGCCGCGCAUGUCAGGCGAGAGGGUGGCGCGAGGAGGAGGAGGGCCUCGGCCAAUCCCGCCCCGUCUCGCGGUUCUUCUGGGCGCCGGCGAAGCCUGACGAGAGGAGGGCCUGCGGGGUUUUGCCGGCCGGCGAGCCGGUUGGUGUGUGUGUGUGUGUGUGUUUCUGUCGGGACCCCCCCGGUGGGGCCAUGGCGGAAGGAGGCCCGAGACCUCGAGGCGCGGGGACGGAGAGGUCGUCGGAGAUGGAGGCAGAGACGCUGAAGGAGGCAGAGGCUGCCUUGGAGCGCCAGCACUUGCUCGCAGGAAAAGCACAUAAAGAAGGUGGAUCUGCGCGAAUGUCACUCCUCAUAUUAGUGUCCAUUUUCUUAACAGCUGCCUCUGUUAUGUUUCUGGUAUAUAAGAAUUUCCCACAACUUAGUGAAGAGGAGAGAGAAUGUAUAAAAGUUCCCAGAGACAUGGAUGAUGCUAAAGCCUUGGGGAAAGUUCUCUCUAAAUACAAGGAUACCUUCUAUGUACAAGUAUUAGUGGCUUAUUUUGCCACAUAUAUUUUCUUGCAAACAUUUGCUAUACCUGGUUCUAUAUUUCUGAGUAUACUUUCAGGAUUUCUCUACCCCUUUCCACUAGCUCUAUUUCUUGUUUGUUUGUGCUCUGGACUUGGGGCCUCUUUCUGUUAUAUGCUGUCCUAUUUAGUUGGAAGACCGGUUGUGUAUCGAUAUUUAACAGAGAAAGCAGUGAAAUGGUCAAAACAGGUUGAACGACACAGAGAGCACCUCAUAAACUACAUAAUAUUUUUGAGAAUAACUCCCUUCCUUCCUAAUUGGUUCAUCAAUAUAACCUCUCCAGUAAUAAAUGUUCCACUGAAAGUAUUUUUCAUUGGUACCUUUCUCGGUGUUGCACCACCAUCUUUUGUAGCAAUUAAAGCUGGAACAACACUUUACCAGCUUACAACAGCAGGUGAAGCGGUCUCCUGGAACUCUGUUUUUAUUCUCAUGAUUCUAGCUAUUCUCUCAAUUCUGCCAGCUCUUUUCCAGAAGAAACUCAAACAAAAGUUUGAAUAACAGUCAUCCUAGAUCUUCAUUCCCAUAUUUCAUCUCAGGAUCAGCACUAUUUCUAUGAUCACUUUUCUAUUGGAUCUUUUAAUCAUUUGAAAGGAGAAACUUGCAAAGGAUAACAUUGUUUCAAGACUUAUUUACUUAUGCAUCACAAAGGCAAAAUUAGUACAACUGGAAGAUGAACCAUGUUUUUUUUAAAUAGAAGCAUUAUCAUUUUUAAAUAACGUGUAAUAUUUAAUUUGCACCAUAUUUGUUUGCAGUUGCUUACAUGAACAGUUCAUUCCUGUUUGCUGCUUUUUUUUAACUGUCAUUCAUAAUUCCUAAAGAAUAAUGGACUGUGUAACAGAUUCUAUAGCCCAGUGAAGUAGUGGACUGCUUGGUUUCUUUAUUGAUGCACUCCUUGUUGGAAAGCAGGAACAAAUGCUUUUACUACUGCUUAAUAAUCUCUGGGUUUCCUUUUGCUUUGUGUCAGCUGUGGAACAGCUGAAAAGACAUUGAGUGACUUUCCAGAUUUCCAGUGUCAUGUUAUUUGUGCUGAAGGUGGGAGUUAAUGCCAUUUUAUUAUAUCUCAUGAGGUGUUCCAGUUUCAGAUUUGAUUAUUUUGCCACUAUUUGAGGUUUAUGGCAGCUAUUUUCAAAUUUUCUAAUAUAUUUAAAUAAACAGUAAAAGUUUCGCUGUCAAAUGGCAUGUGUCAUCAAACUAUCAAUCAACCAAUCUUUAUUUUGCGAUCUCCAACCCAUUAAGUGUCAUCAAACUAUAUCCUUAAGGUCAUACUGAAAUGUGGAAGGAUGGGAAUCAUGAAAAAAACAAAACCUU